GCGAUCGGUCGGCUGAGCGUGAGCGGUGCCGUGCGGCGCGGGCCAUGGCGGGCUGGGGCUCGUUCUACCGGGGCGAGGGGCUGGAGGAGGAGGAGGAGCAGCAGCAGGAAGAGGAGGAAGGGCCUGAGGCUGUCGCGGAGCAGAGGUUUUCGGGCCGGGACAGCCUCAUCUUCUUGGUGGAUGCCUCCAAGGCCAUGUUCGAAUCCCACGGGGAGGCAGAGACUCCUUUCGACAUGACCAUCCAGUGCAUCCGGAAUGUGUAUACCAGCAAAAUUAUCAGCAGUGACAGGGACCUGUUGAGCGUUGUGUUCUAUGGUACAGAAAACAACAAGAAUUCGGUAGAUUUCAAGCACAUUUAUGUUCUCCAGGAGCUGGACAAUCCAGGUGCGAAGCGUGUUCUGGAGCUGGACCAGUACAGGGGAGAGGAAGGCCGGGCCCUGUUCCGGGAGAGCUUUGGCCACAGCGCUGACUAUUCCCUGGGUGAGGCGCUCUGGGCCUGCUCCAACCUCUUCAGUGAUGUCCGUGUCAGGCUGAGCCACAAGAGGAUCAUGCUCUUCACCAACGAGGAUCACCCACAUGCCAAUGACAGUGCUAAAGCCAAGCUGGCCAGGACCAGAGCUGGUGAUCUGAGAGACACAGGUAUCAUCUUGGACCUGAUGCACUUGAAGAAGCCUGGUGGGUUCGAUAUCUCUUUGUUCUACAGGGAUAUUAUAAAUGUAGCAGAGGAUGAGGACCUUGGGAUCCAGCCUAGAGAGUCAGAGAAACUGGAACAUCUCAUGAAGAAAGUACGAGCAAAGGAGACAAAAAAAAGGGCUUUAGUCAGGCUAAAUCUGCAUCUGGGCAAAGAUGUGGCCCUUUCUGUUGGUGUUUACAACCUUAUUCAAAAAGCUUAUAAACCACAUCCAGUGAAGCUUUAUCGGGAAACUAAUGAACCUGUUAAAACCAAAACAAGGAUGUUUAGUGGAAAAACAGGCAGCCUGCUCCUGCCCAGUGACACUAAAAGGGCUCAGACAUAUGGAAACCGACAGAUUGUGCUGGAGAAAGAGGAGACGGAAGAAUUAAAACAGUUUGAUUCUCCAGGUUUGGUUCUGAUUGGCUUCAAACCACUUUCAAUGCUAAAACAGCACCACCAUGUCAGGCCCUCCCAGUUCAUCUAUCCUGAGGAGUCCCUGGUGAGAGGGAGUACAACUCUAUUUAAUGCCCUCCUGAUGAAGUGCUUGGAGAGGGAGGUGAUGAUGCUGUGCAGGUACACCCCUCGCCGCAACGUCCCUCCUCGCUUUGUGGCCCUGGUUCCCCAGGAGGAAGAGCUGGAUGAGCAGAAAGUGCAGAUAGCCCCUCCAGGUUUCCACAUGAUUUUUCUACCCUAUGCAGAUGACAAACGUAAUGUUGAUGUUACAGACAAUGUGCCAGCCAGCCAAGAGCAGGUGGACAAAAUGAAGGAAAUAAUUCAGAAGCUGAGGUUCAAAUACAGGGCUGACAGCUUUGAGAACCCAGUUUUGCAGCAGCACUUCAGGAAUUUGGAGGCUUUGGCGCUGGAUAUGGUGGAACCAGAACAAGCUGAGGAUCUUACAAUGCCAAAGUCUGAACAGAUGAGCCACAGGCUGGGCAACCUGGUGGAUGAGUUUAAGCAGCUGGUUUAUCCCCCUGACUACAAUCCUGAUGCGAAGGCUGUAAAGAGAAAACAAGCUUCUGAUGGUCAAACUGAGAAGAGGCCCAAGGUAGAAGUCUCAGAAGAUGAGCUGCGGUGUCAUGUGCAGAAGGGCACUCUAGGCAAGCUCACUGUAUCUAUCCUGAAGGAUGCAUGCAGGUUUUUGGGGUUGAGGGGUGGAAGCAAGAAGCAGGAGCUUGUAGAUUCUUUAACUGAAUACUUUAAUGAGCACUAAGCUGGAGAGUGUGGCCCUGGUUUACUUCUGUCUGCUUAGAAUCUUGAUUGUCUUAUGUGGGUGCUGUGUCUACUUAAUCUUGCUAUGAAAGAGAUGGCAACUAAGUGUUGCUCUGUAGCAGUGGAGAAACUUUUUACUUAGUUGUGAAACAUCUCUGCAAAGUUGGAUUCUGUUGACAGUAGGUAAAGGCAGAACUAAAUUCCCUGUGAAUUCAGGUCACCCACUGCACAUGGACAGAGUUGUGCCUUGCUGGUUUCUUAAUAAAAGUUUGGAUCUUUUCCUUUG